ACUUUCAAUCUCCAUUGGGAAAAAGACAGAGAAUUUUGUUUUCAAAGGGCGAUAAUUGGAGUUAAAAAGAAAUUAUGGACGAUGUGGCCAGCAGUGAGGACGAAAAAGAGCCAGAUGCAGAUACAAGAAACGGAUUUGGAAUUUGGUCAUUGUUAAAAAAGGAUUGGCGAUUUUUACGAGAUGAUUUUAUUUUACUACGACUAUUUGCAGUAUGUGGAAUGACAUUUUGUUUUGCCAUGUUCUUUCUGCAGAUUGGUACAUCACUUAGAUCAUAUGAGCUACUACAGCAAUAUAUAGAAGAGAGAGAAUCACAAUAUUCAUUUCUGGACUUUUACGAGAGUAACGAGUAUUGGUCGUGGGAUCCAGAUUUAUUUUUAUUGACGGUCAACACAACGUUUUAUGCUCAUUGACCACUGUCCACCUUAGAAAUGUGAUUAUCAGUACAUUUCGUGCCCAUCUAGAUCUAAACAUGUGAUAUUAUUAGUUGUCAGCCACUAAGUGGUUAGUAUGUCAUUACAAUGUUCCAUUAUGGCGGGAAAAAGGAUUAACUAGUCUUAUUAUCAAUCAUUUUUCAAUCAUUAGCUUCUAUUCGUCAGUGCAGAUUGAAAGGAUGUCACAUAUAUAUGGAAUUGAUGAAGAGAGUGAGUUGAAGAUUACAGAUCAUGUCAUAUUUAUGAUUAGAAUGAAUUGAAGAUUACAGAUCAUGUUUAUCAUGUUUAUAUUUAUGAUUAGAAUGAAUUGAAGAAUACAGAUCAUGUUUAUCAUGUUUAUAUUUAUGAUUAGAAUGAAUUGAAGAAUACAGAUCAUGUUUAUAUUUAUGAUUAGAAUGAAUUGAAGAUUACAGAUCAUGUUUAUCAUGUUUAUAUUUAUGAUUAGAAUGAAUUGAAGAAUACAGAUCAUGUUUAUAUUUAUGAUUAGAAUGAAUUGAAGAAUACAGAUCAUGUUUAUAUUUAUGAUUAGAAUGAAUUGAAGAUUACAGAUCAUGUUUAUAUUUAUGAUUAGAAUGCAUUGAAGAUUACAGAUCAUGUUUAUAUUUAUGAUUAGAAUGAAUUGAAGAUUACAGAUCAUGUUUAUCAUGUUUAUAUUUAUGAUUAGAAUGAAUGAAUGAAAGCACCAAUUUAUUACAUUUAUUAUCAUGAUUAUAGGACCAAUGAAUUCAUUUUGAUAGAUAUUUGUAAUACUGUGGAUUCAUUUAUUUUCGUUGGUACCAAUUUUCCUAGAUUAAGGAAAACUUGCAUGUUCGUAGAUAUUUGAUUUCGUGGUUCUGCAACAGUCUGCAUACAAGCUUAAGCCUAUAGAAAAUAAGUCAUUUGUUAAACAUUUAAUUUGGUGGUUCACCUUUACCCAUGAAACCCACGAAAAUUGGUAUCCAACGAACAAUAAUGAAUCCACAGUACAUGUACAUGUAUUAGAAUAUAACAUGCUAUUAUUUGAACUUGGAAUUAUUUUCAAUUAUGGAAUUUGCAUAAUUUCUUGUUCUUGAAUAAUAAAUUCCAUGUUUAUUCUGUACUUUAAUGUUCUGUGCUGGGCACAACUCUUUCUAUUACAAAGAAGAAAGUACAUUUUCAAUAGAAUGUACUGUACCGCUAAAACACACGUGCACUCUAUAGAAAGUGUUUUGAACUGCUCAAAACAUAAUAAUACAAAAUGAACAUGGAAUUUAUUAAAAUCUUCAAGAACAAGAAAUAAUGCAAAUUCCAUAAUUGAAAAUAAUUCCAAGUUCAAAUAAUAGCCUGUUAUAUGUAUAUUUUUGUAAAAACUAUCUUGGAUUAUAUGAUUCCUUGAUAGCUCUUGAUAAUAUAUGCCAGACGGUUUAUAUUGUAAAUUGAGUCAUAAAAUUAGAAAAUAUUUUAAAUGAGACCAAAAAAGGUUUAGGAUAAGAUAUUUUGAAGGCUUUACAUAUCAUUCCAAAGGGCUGAUGAAAUUAAACCAAAAAUAAAUAAAAUUUAGUUUAAUAUGAUAUUAAGUGAGGGUUAAUUCUUCACCAAAUUAUAUAUAUUAAGGCUUCACAGCUACAUCUAUCAUUUCUAUAAAAACAAGGGUUUUAAAUAAACUCAAGAAUACUUUAGAUAGUUGUCUCAUUGGCAAUCAUAUCAAUCCUCCUUAUUUUGUUAUCAAAAUAUCACAUUUCAUCUUCAAAAAAAGUUGUUUGGUCCAUUAAAGAUGAAAAAUAACCCCACCAAAUGUUGAAUCACUGAAAUCACUUUAUGUCAAUGAUUUCAGUGCGUGACUAUCAUGAUUAUUGUGUAGAUACACAAGGGUUGUGUGGAUUUCACUUCAUGAAAUUAUAAUGGAAAUGGGGAAUGUGUCAAAGGACAACAACCCGACUGAAAUGCAGAAAUAUCCACUCUAACUUUAAGGAUAGAUGUAGAUAAUCAUUUCCAAAUUUUGUGUUUGUGUACAUGUGGGGUCUCAUUGGGGGGGUUAUGAUGAGGUUCCCGCUUGUCAGAUUGCUGUAUCCUGCUAACACUAUAUAUGUAAGCAAUUUUCAUUUUUUUGUAAAUUCCAGUGUCCUGCUAGACUUCAUUUCCUAUCUUCAAUAAUUUUACUUUCAUGUGUUACGCUUACUAAAAAUUCGCAAUCCCACGUCAUGCUUAGACCCCAAUGAGACCCACUACGUGGAUAUUGGGCCUAAAAUAAAAUAUUGUUUGUUUAGGGGCGCUACUCAUAAAAACUAAGUUGAAAUUAUUUUAUUCAUUUCAGAUUUUCAGGCUUGCGGCAUCGUUCAAUACUAUGAUACUAUUCAGGCCUUUUUUGAAAAAUAUAAAAUUAUUUCCCUACCUACCUACCUGCCCACACCUUGCUUGGCAGGGUCGGGAUAGGGGAAACAAACAUUAUAUUAAAUUAGGCCUUGGUGUACCUUACUAUUUUUGCUGUUAAUUGUAAUGUAACUGCAUUGUCCACUGCUUAUGUACAAUUUUUUUCAUAUUUUUUGAUAGACAGGUCUGCCCUUUUCAUUGGGAAGAAAUAAAAUGGAAAAAAGACAAAUGAACCUGAAAUUUUGUGUUCAUUUAAGCCUUUGAAUGAUCACGCUAUCAUUAUUUUAAUAUUUGUUGUAUAUUUUUUUAGGGGCAUUAUUUAUUGAAAUAGUGACUGAUAAGAUAUAUUUUAUGUUAUUUAUAAUCAUGAUAAUACUGUGAAUUUGUUUUUAUUCACGGGAAUUUAACUUCUGUGAUUUUUGUGAGUUAAUAUGAAUUACAAAUUUGAAUGUUCAACAACAUACAUUUAAUAUGGUAUAGUGUAGGCGUGUAUGUAUCUUUAAUACACAUGUUGUGUAAAACCAAUUAUUCAAACAUCAACGAAAAAUACCUUUUUUUUUCUGGACAUGUUUCAAUCCAUAGAAAUAGGAACAUCAGAAAGGGAAUGAAUUCACAGUAGUCGGGAAAUAUUUGAAUAUUUGAUUUGUUAUUUGUAGACUAUUCGAGGUUGUAAUGUAUUCUUUCUAAGAAAACAAUCAUUCAUUCAUUGUCAUAAAACAUUGCAAAUGCAUCAAAUUGUAUUUGUGAAAGAAAAAAAAUGAUUUCAAUUGGUCUGAUUUUUUUUUUAAUUAAGAUAAUUAUAGAAAAGAAUUUAUAUCAAUGUAUAUUUAUAGGAAAAAAUGAAUAUUAAUUUAUAGCUUAUAAACAUUUUUUAUUCAAAAAUUGUUUCUGAAAGAUUUACACUCAUCAAAAUUGAUUUUUUAUUUUUAUUCAAGAGUUGUCAGCUUUGUAUUGAUGAACCUAGUUUUUUCUUGUAUUACAAUUCAAUAUUUUUCUUUGAUUGACUGUUAUUGAAAGUUAAAGAGAUGUAUAAAAUAAAAACUCUACCACUGCAUUGAGUGUGAUACAAUAUUUAUCCAGUCUAGAUAGCUAAAUUUCUAAUUUUAAGCAUAACGCACAUAGAGACAAGUGGUUUAAUUUUCUUAAAUUUAACUGUUGAGAACUUGAGAUUGAAUAAACCUGGUAUAUUAUAGGGUUAUUGCAUGAAUAUUGGGGAAUAUUGCCCUGAGUAGAAUUUUAUAUUGCACGAGCUUGCGAGUGCAAUAUAUGUUCUACGAGGGACAAUAUUCCCCAAUAUUCAUGCAAUAACCCUUUUAUUGUAUAGCAAUAUAAUAUUUGAGAGUAAAAAUUGGUGUAAACUAAGAUUUUGUCGUUGAUGACGUCAUGAAUUUUGAAGAUUUAUUGCACUAGUGCAAUAUUAGAAUUUAUUGCACGCUAACUUUUGGUUACUUUCUGUGGGAAAUAUUAUAUUGCUAUACAAUAAAUAUAUUUUAUUGCAUGAUAUAUGGUGGUGGAAUCAGUUUCUCUAAUAAUAGUAAGACGCCAUGUUGACAAACUUAAACCUUUGAUUGGAAUGAUCUGCUAACAUAUUUUAUAUGUGACUUAAUCAGGCAUGGUGACGGGGCCCUCCCCCCAUUUUUGUGGGGAAAAUAUAGUUGUUUAUAUAGGGAAUCACUGAAGCAUAACUGGAGCGAGCCCCCUUUUAUGAAAAUUUCUGGAUCCGCCACUAUGGUUGACUUUUUCAUGACAUCACAAUAGGAAUUUCAGAGAAAGGCAAGAAAACUUAAUGUCAUAAUCAAAAUUUUGACCAAUGAGGAACUAAGAUCAAAGAAAGUUGAUUGAAUAAAAAUAAUUUACAGGAAAGGAAAAGGACAACAAUAACAAAUGAAUAAGAAUAAGGGAAGCAGGAAUAUCACACGUUAAGGUUAUGUUGUUUGUCAUAACAAAUAUCUUAUUGUAGAACUUAUUCUAAUUUGUAUUUAAAGAAAACAAACUGAUUUUUAUACCUCUUUUUCUCCACAAUGUAAAUUACACAAAAACUUGUGUUAAAAACUAUGCCUUAUGAUAUUGUUUGUUGUUUUUAUAAAUAUUUAAGAUUAUGUACUGUCUUGAUGUUGUACAUUUGACUAAAAGAAUGCUAACAGUUACAUCAUGACCAUAACGGGCCACAUCACAAAUUGUGGCCCUCAGUAUUGUAUAAAUGGGUGAGAUUUGUGAUAUCUAUUGUAAGGUGCUUUCAAUUUGUAAAUUAAAAUGUGUUUUUAUUUAUAUAUUUUAGAAAUGUGCAGAAAAUACAUGUAUACAAGAAUUAAACCUUUGAAAAUAA